GCAAGAAAAAGAUAGUUGACCCAUGACCAUGACUAUGACCUCUCCCUUUUACAGUGCUCUACCAUUAACAAUCAUCAUCAUUUCACAAAAUCCAUAAGAGAAUUACCUGUGACUCUUCUUCUUUUCUCCUAAAAUAAUAUUCCAAGUUAAGUGACCCAUCAAAUUUUAAUUUUUUUUAAUACUGGUUAGAUAUCAUAUACAGUAAUGCACAAAUAAUUAUUUCUGGUUGUGGUAUUAGAAUCUUGAGAUACCGAGAGCUAAAACAGAUGAACGAUAACGGAAUCCUAUACUUGGGAAAAGUACCCCUUUUCAACCAUUUCUAUUUCAGGCAACUCUUUUGAUACCUCUAUAAUUGCUAGUUGAGCUGUGGGUUUGCUUCAAGAUUUGUCAGCCCCUCGCGAAUUAAUUGUUGCCGAAUGCAGCUGGUAUUUAAUUGAAAGAGUCCAUUUGGACUGGUAUGGAACAGUCAAAGGAGGAAGUAGAGGCAAAUGAUGUAGCUGCGAGUGCGCUACUUAAAACGAGGGAAUGCGAUAUUUCCAUUGAACCAUCGAUGGGAAAGGGCAUAACUACCAGCCAUGAGUUGGUGGAGGGAUCAACUUCUGCUAGUUUGGUGAUGAUGGAGGAUGAUGGUACAAACAGAUAUGCAAUGUCCGUGAAGGAUCCUCAGCCCGCCAGUACAAGCUCUUACUCGAUGAGUAGUUCAAGGCUCACCAUUGAAGAGUUAGUUAGGAGUAAUUACAAUAUUCCUGAACCAGUCACUCUUAGAAAUUUCUCUGAUAAUCGAGAAAAAAAUCACAAGCCACAAAUCCAGUGGCAACAUUCCUAUCAAUUGGGGGGUGGCUCUAGAACUGCGAAGGGCAAUGUAGAUCCUUCUUCCACAGACAAGAAUUUGCUAGCGCUGAAAGAGCUGAAGCAUGCAUCCUAUAAAGAUAUCAAUGUAGGCUCUAAUGCAGUCUCUUCCCAAUCAAAAGAAGACCAUAACCUAACCAUUCCUAGCAGUAGAUUACUUCCAGGAAAUAGUGGAUCAAAACUUUUAUCUACAUCUGGCUUUUCUAAGUUUUUCGCUAACCGAUCUCUUAAAGGCAAAGAUGUUGAUGCACCAAAAGGCACUGCACUUCAUAAAGAAGUUCAUAGCGCCUCGAUUCCGCAGAAUAAGUAUGAGUAUGAGAAAGCUUCCAUAAGAAUGGUAUCAUCUGAUGCAUCGUUUAAGCCAGGCGCUAACUCUAAUCAAGCACCGGUUAGUUGUAACAAUCAGGAAAGAGAAAUACCAACUUCAACUCACAAUGGAGUUACAUUGAGAGAGUGGAUAAACUCGAUGGGAUCACGGAUAAAGAAAGCUGAGAGGAUUCACAUAUUCCGGCAGAUUGUGAAGUUAAUCGAUAUUGCACACUCCCAAGGAAUUGCCUUCCAGGAUUUACGGCCGUCCUGUUUCAUUUUACUUUCACCAAAUGGUGUUAAAUAUGUCGGUCCAUCUAUCCAAAUAGACUCCAUGUAUGUCAUAAAUCAGAAUACAAAUGGGAAAAGGCCAUCCAAUCUGGAAAUGCAUGCUCAAAACAACUUGGGUGCAAAGCAGCAGAAAGUCAGUGAUCACGUGGACUUGAUGAGAGAGAAGCCUGACUACGUUUCUGGGUAUGUCGUUAGAGAUAUUUAUGGUGAAGCCAAGGGACUGGAGUCUGACAUUAAUCACUUGGAAAAGAAGUGGUACACUUGUCCUGAAGAACUCAACUACAGAAGCCUAGUAUCAUCUAAUAUCUACAGUCUUGGGGUUCUUCUUUUUGAGUUGCUCUGCUGUUUCGAAUCACCAGCGGCACAUUCUGCAGCAAUGUUGAAUUUGCAUAGUCGAAUUCUCCCACCAAAUUUCCUUUCUCAGAAUCCCAAGGAAGUUGGCUUUUGCUUCUUGCUGCUUCAUCCUGAACCUUCUUCUCGUCCUACAGCAAGGGAAAUCCUGCAGUCUGAAUUAAUUUAUGGAACUGAAGAAAUCUGUAAAAUAGAUGGUGUGCCAUCAAUUAUUGAGAAGGAUGAUGACCCUGAUUCAGACAUCUUGCUCUAUUUCCUAAUUGCACUGCAGGAGGAAAAUCAGAAUAAUACCUCCAAGUUAUUACAAAGAAUAGAGUGCUUAGAAGCUGAUAUCAAGGAGGUCGAGAAAAAAGAUGGCUUUAGAACUUCAAAUUUGGUGGACACAGACUUCCAUAAUACGCGGCAGGGAUCCUACUUUAAACAUCUCAAGUCUAAUGACCGUCUUUCUAUGAAAAACAUGACCAAUGAAAAGCUGAUUAAAAAUUUUUCUCAGCUUGAAAGUGCUUACUUCUGCAUGAGAUCCCAAAUCCAGCUUGCGGAAAAUGAUACGAUAGGUCGACCAGACAAGGAUUUGUUGACAUGUCGUGACAGGUUGUCCCAGGUUUCAACAAAAAUUGUGGAGCCAACUCUUAAAUCUGUCAAUCGUGUUGGAGCCUUCUUUGAAGGUGUUUGUAAAUAUGCUCGCUACAGCAAGUUUGAGGAAUACGGGACAUUAAGAAAUGGCGAUCUUCUCAACUCUAUAAAUGUGAUCUGCUCCCUUUGUUUUGAUCAUCAAGAGGACUAUAUAGCUGCAGCUGGUGUUUCAAAGAAAAUCAAAAUCUUUGAAUUUGCUUCACUUUUGAAUGACUCUGUCGAUCUUCAAUAUCCUGUGGUUGAGAUGUCAAACAAAUCUAAGCUUAGCUGUCUUUCCUGGAAUAGUUAUAUGAAAAACUAUCUCGCUUCAACAGAUUAUGAUGGCAUGGUCAAGAUGUGGGAUCCAAGCACAGGUCAAGGAUUUUCACAAUAUGUAGAGCACCAGAAGAGGGCUUGGUCGGUCGAUUUUUGUCAAGUAGAUCCCACAAAGUUUGCCACUGGAAGUGAUGAUUGUUCCGUAAAAGUGUGGAAUAUUAAUGAGAGGAGUUCUGUGGAUACAAUCUGGAAUCCUGCCAACAUAUGCUGUGUGCAGUUCUCCGCUUACUCCUCUCAUCUGUUGGCUUUUGGAUCUGCUGACUACAAAAUCUACUGCUAUGAUCUUCGCCAUACUAGGAUUCCAUGGUGCACUUUAUCAGGACAUGAGAAGGCUGUUAGCUAUGUAAAAUUUGUAGAUUAUGGUACCAUGGCUUCUGCAUCCACAGAUAACACAUUAAAGCUAUGGGACCUUAAGACAACAAGUUCGGAAGGACUGUCGUCAAAUGCUUGCAGCUUGACUUUCAAGGGUCACACCAAUGAGAAGAAUUUUGUCGGGUUAUCAGUUUUGGAUGGAUACAUUGCAUGUGGUUCCGAAUCUAAUGAGGUAUAUGCUUAUCAUAGAUCUCUACCGAUGCCAAUUUCUUCGUAUAAAUUUGGAUCUGUUGAUCCUAGCUCUGGCAAUGAAGGUGAGAGUAAUGGGCAAUUUGUUUCAAGUGUUUGCUGGAGAAGAAAAUCUAAUAUGGUAGUUGCGGCAAACUCAACUGGAUGUAUAAAGCUUUUGCAUUUGGUAUGAAUAUUAUCCUCUGAAUCUGAGCCAUGCUGUCAGAUGUGUUCUGCAACUAGCUUCAGGACUAAUGAAUCUAGGCGUGGAAGAUUGAAGCUAAAUUUGUAGUUGUGGGCUAAAUGGAAUGGACUUUAGAAUAGGAAGACUACUUUUUUAGGAGCUAAACGCAUUCAACUCUGAUGAUGGAAAUGGAGAUGAAGCAGUUCUGGCUUCCUUCGGUGCUUCUUUUGCGAAGAGAUGACAUCAGCAAUGUUGAGAAAGUUUGCUUUACGUGAUUAGUUUUCUGAAGCCGAGGUGCAGAUCAUAAAUUUUGGAGGAAAUAUCUUUUUUACCUCAAUGUGGUGUGAGCAGUCUAAACUUCGACCCCUAUUUCUUUCUUCAUAUCGUAAAGGAGAAAAACACCCUUUUUACUACUAGUCUAUACAAAUGUAGUUACUUGUUGAACAGGAAAGAAUCAUAUUUAAUUUGGUUAAACAUUUCGUAAUGGGUGUUGAAUUUUUCUAGUUAUUUCUGCAUAUCUUAGCAAUUGUUUCUUCACUGCAAAGUGAAGCCGUUACAACUUAAAGGUUUAUUCAUCAGUGAGACUAUUUCUCUGUCA